AUGCUCGAGCUGGUGGCUGGGGUGAAAGAAGUGCCCCCUGUCCGGUUGUUUGAGCUUGCACAAGCCCUUCAGCCCGACCGGCGGUUCCCCGCUCCAAAUACAUCAUACCUAGGAAAUAAUUGCAUUGAUCCGCUUGGCCCAAUAGCGAGAACCGGCAGUGUAAAUCGAGACACGAAACCUCAGUGGUCUAGCGCCUUCAUCCUUCCCGCUGAGAUUGUUAUGAUCAUACUUGAACAUGCUUCCGCAGAAUCCGUCAUAUCUUUUUUUCAUUCAAGCAAAGAGGCGCAGAGCUUGAUCAUUCCCUUUUGUCGAUAUAAUCCCUGGCACUUUUAUCCCUCUAUCAAGCCCACGAGUACCGAAGACGAUGCGUGGACUGUCAUAAAUGCUAUUGCCUAUGAGUGCAGCGCGGAUGAUCUUCGCAGCCUUAAUAGGAAAUGGAAAAUGAUUGCUGACUUGAAGUCGCUUACUAAAUACGUAUCCAAACCCCACGAGAGAGACAUCCAACUACUAACAUUGAGUGCAGGGGGUUUUUUAUUAAAAGUGCCACACCCCUUUGGGUUGAAACGAUUAGUUGCUGACGUACCAAGUGACAUAAAAGCGAUUGAAGUGCAUAUCACUAUCGUUUGUGGUGAUGAUUAUAUUUGCGGCAUCGGAUGGAAAUCCGCAUCUGGUGACACAUUCUUGGGUUAUAAGUCCAAAUUCCGACGCUGGUUGCAUUGUCAAUCGAGAGAAUGCAAUAAACUGCGCUUCAUCGUGGACCCUCGAGGACUUAGAAGCUUAAAACUCCCCGGCUCUGAAUGGUCGUGCGGAAACCCAGAGAAUAUUAAAGGAUGGGAAGGAAUGAGUUUGCAAAGGAGCGCAAAAAUAUGUGUCGUACUCGAUCAACUGAAGUUUCGACAAAUUACCUGGUCACAUAGCGGGGACGUUUCAUUCGACGAAACAAUGCUCAUGGGGGGAAAACAUGGCUCGAAGUUUGGAACUCUGUCUGAACAAUAUUACGUCCGUGCAUCUCCACAAGAGGCUGAGAAUGUUAGGCGUUACGGUAGCUUUUGUGUAGAGGCUAUCACAUUGGAUGAGAAUUUGCAUGGAAUCACGAUGUAUGAUUCCGGUAUCAAUUCAGGGAUCUCGGGUGUGCGCGCAUAUUUUCCAGAAUCUUCUCAGUGCAUAGGCCUGGAAACGGGUUUCGACAUGCAUUUUUUGAUUAAUGGGCCGGCCGAGGUGGUUAGCGAACUUGACAUACGACUGACGGAAACUGCUCAUUCAUCGCAAAAACUCUCUAUCACGGUAAGGCGAUACACGUACUAUGAGAUCUAUAUUGUUAAUUACUCACAUUACGUGCCAAGGUGA